AUGGCGUCGAGUGAAGAAGGUUCAACGCAUACACGGACAAUACAGAAGCGAGCGAAGAAAACGCAAGAUCAGGCCUGUCAGUUCGAUGCAUCUCUGUUAGAAGGUGAAAGAAGUUGUGAAAUUUUCCUCGCGUUCACGCACUCGCUGUUGCUUGGAUGGAAUACAAUGGCUUUGUGAUGUGACGAGUGUUACACUAAAGUAAAAUAUUUUCUGCUUUUCAUUUUUUUUAGAAGAAAGGGGGACCUGUGAGGCUUGCAACCAAAUUUCAGGGUAAGGGAUGUUAAAAUUGAUACAAUUUCUUUCGUAAAUGAGUCAGGAAAGCUAAGUGCGAGGUACUGAGCUUUCAAAUACGUUCUCUGCCCCCGCGACGCGAUCGAUGCCGGUGAAUUUGUCGGUGCACGCACUAAAAGACUUUCCAGGGAUUUGAAAAGUCUUAGUAUUUUUUUUCUUCGAGCGGUUUUCUCGCUUGAUUUCCUUCUCAAUCAAUUUAGUGGGCUCACUGCGUAUUGCGAUAUCUCUGAUUUCUUCCGAGAAUUUAGCCUGCGAUACGAAAGGCCACGUUUUAUUGCCGAAGUUUGCGGAUAUUUCUCAAACAGGAAACGCAGAAUCCUUGAAAUUCCUAGGGAAUUUGGAUUAGUUUAUGGGCAUCCCAACUUGUCUAUUGCGAUUUAUCCUGAUUUCCAAGUUUGAAUAUAACCUAGUAGAAGAGAGUAAUGAAAUCCUAUAUUCCAUAGGCUCUAUAACUUAAUUCGAAUUGUGUAAACUUGGUAAGUGUACAUCGAUCGAUAUUAGAACUUCCCGUAUACCAGUGAGCAUAAUUUUCUUGAGCGGAAUAUUUGGUCCUGUUACGACAUCGAAGACGAAAAUCACUGUUAUAUCAUUCGUCGUUUUGGUUUAUAAUUUCUAUAUACAACCCGAACGAUUGAUGGGUUAAAUCUUAAUCAUCACAACAGAAAACGUGAAUUCGUAUAUGUUCAAACUUCAAUGUUUAUAAAGUGACUCGCAGACCUAGCGUUUAGCAUUUCCUGUCAAGAGCAGGAAUUUUGCGUCUUAUUUUCGCUUAAGAGAAGAAAAAUAACAUGCGCUCCCGAGAAUGUAAUAUUCGCUGGUUACUCCUGAUUUUAUUUUUCUCCUGUCUGCUAUAAAACUAAAUCGUAAAUUUGUUUUGUUUUGUUCUUCUUCCCGGUUUGGAAGGCUUGGUGUAAUUGAUGUCCGAAUUAGAAUGGUUUCUCCAUAAGUAGCUUGUCUAAACAUAUUCCUGAUGUUUCGUUGCAUAUGAUAUGAUUUGUAUAUCUUACCCGUAUGAAAAUAUGAAUUCUAUGUCCUUAAAGUAAGAAAAAGAAAAUUGUUGGAAAACGUUAAUAAGGGUUUCCUUUUAAAACUUGUCAUUCGUAAAAUUUUAAUAGUAAAGUUGAACGAAAAAAUAUUUAGAGUUUACUUCGGUUAUUUAUACAAAGUAAUAUUUUGGAUUGAAGAUAUUGUACGAGGAUCAAACUUAGUUUUUUUUUAUUGAAUAUUUAUUUUGUGGUGUCCAAGCUGGUUGAUUUGCCUUUAAGUAAAAGAUUCCAAAUAGUAGUCUCGAUGAAUCUUAAUGCUACAUUUGAAUUUUCUGUAAUUUUCACUAAAAGCCGAUCAGUGAUUUUGAUUGCUCUUUGGUACUACCCCACCCAACAAUCUGUGUAUUAUUAGCUCCACCCUUUAAAACUCGGAUUAAAUGACACAUUUUUCAUCUGAAAAUGGAACAAGCCAAGAGAUUCUAAGAAAUAGCUACAAAAUUUUGCAGGCUGUUUUUGUAGGCUGGCUGAGAUUUGUUUUUCGACAUUUCAAGCGGCAUUAUUUGAUUAACUUUAAGCACAGCUUUAAUGAUAUGCUUCUGAAUUUUUUGCAAUUUUGUGGUCUUAAAUGGAAGGCAAUUAGUGCCUUGUCUUCAGUUCCAAUGUCAUGUAUUUUCAUGUAUGAUAAACCGCCAACAGCUGUUGUGUUUCAUGAAAACACAGUAGUUCUUCAAGAUUUAUUGACUCGAGUUUUGUAUAUGCUCAGUUUAAUUUCCUUUUUCCUAGAGGUGGCCUACUUCUAAGAAAGCUAUUUCCGCUAUUUUUACAGCUAAGCCAUUAUUAAGUUGUCUGUGUCUCCUUGAGGUCAAGUUAUGAGUUCUCUCGACUCUUUGGUGCUUUUGAGAAUAUAGUGCUGGAUGUGAUCCUUGGUAGUGUUUCCUAAGAGUUAACCCUUAAACUCCCAUGAGUGACCAAGACAGAAUUUCUCCUUACAGUAUCAAUACAAUAUCAACCAGAUAAGUGAUGAGAACAAAUAAAAAUAUCAAUUUGGGGAUAGUUAGUUGAUCCAAUGCUAAAUUCUCUGAACUAAAAUAAGAAUUGUGUGGUUGACAGUAGGGAGAAUUACAAAUUUGAUCUGGGAGUUAAGGGGGUCAAGCAAAGUAUAUCCUCUCAAGUAAAGCAGUGAUCCUUGCAGAUGAGCAGCAAUUGCAGAAAAGAAGCCUGUUUGAAUUAAAUUUUCCUUGAACCUUGCUGUGUUUUGAAACUUCCAUGAAAGUGGUAACCUAUUUCCAGUGCAGGAUUUAUAUAAAAUUACAGCUGUUGCACCCCCAAUUAGUUUUGUUCAAUUCUACCAGAGAAUCGAAGGGCUGGAUAUUAACAUUGUUCAUUAUCUAGCAGAGUCUUCAUCUUUUAUCAUUCUGUACUGUUGAAAGUUAAGCCCACUUUCAAUACUUUAAGAUUCAGCAUUAAACAAAGAUAUGUAUAUUCUCUAUCCUUUCCUCUAUACAUAUCCUAAGGUGCUGAUAAGGAGAAUUUGUUUAAUAAUCAAGAGCUUUUUUAAAUGGUGAUCAUUUCCCUUAUACUCCUGACCUUAAUGUGUGAUUCAGGGGUGAUAUCAAAGGGAGAAAUUACAUGCUCAUCACUCUUAGGAGCCAAGGGGUUAAGUUUACUGCCUAUAGGUUGAUACCUAUGUGUACUGUUUAUUUCUCUCACUCCCAUAUACCUGACUUAACUCUUUAACUCCCAAGAUCUGAUUGUCAAUUCUCCUCUCUAGCUGUUACACAUUUUCAUGUAAACUAGUCAGAGAAUUUGGUGUUAGAUCAAGAUAACUUCAACCUGAUAAGUAUUCUUAUUACCUGUUUGCAAGAUAAUGUAUGGGAGAAGUUGCAUGUUAAUCACUUCUGGGAGUUAAAGGGUUACCUCAAGGGUUGGGGUGGUUGUGAAAAAAUGCUGAUUAAUAGUUUUUUUUUUUGUUUUUUUUUUUUUGUAGCUCUGCCAAUUGUCUUUCUCAACCUCAUGUUAUCCAGGUAAGUGCACAUUUCCCUGUUUCCUUGACAUUGUAACAUGCAUUUUAUUGAAAUGCCCUUGAUUUUAGACUGAAUGCUUUUUUUUCAAACAUGGGACAUGGAACAUAUUAAAUUUUCCUUUUCAGUUCCAACUACACUCUCCUAUCCUUUCAAUUCUAAAUUUGUGCUGGUAUAAAAAGUUACAGGGAUAAAAUGACAAUUAUUUUUCUUUCAAUAGCUUGACCCAGAGGGACACAUAGAAAGAACUACAGUUAUUCGAGUUGUUACUACAGAUGAUGAUGAAUAUAAGGUAUGCAACUUUGCACUUGGAUGUAAAGCUCUGAUCUCAUGUGAAGUUUUACAAUGAGCCCUCCUGCGAUGACCACUCCAUGAAUAGUAAAAACUUGUGUAUAGGCCACAUCUUUUUGCUGGAUUGGGCUUAAAAUUGUGGCUGAGACCUACAUACACAAGCAGUUGGGUCACAAAUAGUACCAAGAAGUGUCUUAGACUGGUCACUUCCACACUGAUCUCUUCACACUAGUCAGGGGAACUCACAAAGCAAAUGGUCCUUCACUAUGUGCACAAUGUUUUGGUACAUGUGGGUUAUUAAAUCUUGUUUAGCAUUAAGUUUUUCUCCAAUCAAUUGCUUCCAUACAUCCUUAUAUACAAUAUAUAUAUAUAUAUAUAUAUAUAUAUAUAUUUAUAUUUAUAUUUAGGAAGUCUGUUUAUUGAUUUUUCUGUUUUACAGUGCUCAAUACGUAGAAGUAGAGCACGAUAUAUUUUGCAAUGGUGGAAAAAAAACAGAGACUAUACUUUCAUCCCUACAAGCCUAUUUCAUGAUUGCUCACUCAUCAGGGGAUUUUAUUUUAUUUUAUGAUUUAAAAUCCCCUGAUGAGUGAGCGAUCACGAAACAGGCUAGUAGGGAUGAAAGUAUAGUCUCUCUGUUUUUGUCCCCUUUUGCAACAUAUAUAUUUAUAUUUAUAAAGUGUAAAAUUUUGACUUUUGCAAAAUAGUGCUCAAUACAUAGGAGUAGAGCAAUGUAUAUAUUAACCUGAUGAGUGGGCAACAAUGAAACAUACCUGUAGGGAUGAACUUGUAAUUUAUUUGUCUUUUUCCUCCCACAAUAUAUUUAUAUUUAUAUACAUCUGCACACAGCUGAUGGGAAAGUAUACCUUUCCUUGUUGUUUGUUCAUCACAUUGAAGCUAUGUAAAUUAGCCCAGACUACCCUUUGUAAAUGACUGCAUACAGUGUAGUUACCAAGCAAAUGUUUUGUAACAUUCUCCUGUGCUUUAUUUGUGUUCAAAUUUCAUCAUUUUCAUUUUAACUGUGUGCUUUAAUUAUGAAGACAACUGUUGUCAGUCACAAGAAUUAAGAAAAUAAAUUAGAGAUAAGCUUUUAAAAAAUAAUUCAAGAGUUGACGAUUUUUUAAGGUCUCUGCAAGAUUAGAUUUCAGAAAAUUUGUCACAAAAACCUGUGAACAAACAAACAACUUUUUUUACCAGAUUUCGUUUUUCAAGUUUUUUCUCAAAAUCAUGCUUGAAAUUUCUGUUUUGUGUUUCUGAUAAGUGAUAAUUGGUACAAUUGUACAAAUGAUUACGUUAUUCCGAUGUUACAAAGAUCUAUUUUUUAAAUAGUUUGAAUUCUCAAGAUGCAUUAAUAUUGAUUACAAGGAGCUUCAAUUACAUGUACAAUUUGCUGGGUAUCAGAUUUUUGAAUGAAUUCAUUGCAGCUUACUCUUAAUAAUAGGUUACAGAAGCUUCUCCAGGAAGAUAUGGAGGAAGAUGUAAUGGCACAGAUAACACGCCAACAGUCAUUGUGUCUCCUGGGGAUCAUCUAAAAGAAUAUCUGAUAGAAGAUGAUAAUUAUGAAGACAGAACACACUCUCCUCCUGCAGUUCUUUUUGAUGAGUGAGUCUGCAUUUUCUUAUGUUGUUGUUGUUGUUGUUUUUACUUUUGGUUGUAACAGUGUUGUAAAGGAAAUAAAAUCCUACCUAGCUUGGGUUGAAGAACACUGACUGCUGUGCAGAAGGUUGAGUGGUCAGAAGGUUGAGUGGUCAGAAGGUUGGGUGGUCAAGCCCCAGACUGAACCAACAGGGUUUUAACCCUUUAAACCCUUAGAGUGAUUAGCAACUAAUUUCUCUAAUCAGUAUCAUCCCUAAAACAAACAUUGAGGUCAUGAGAAUAGACGAAAUGAUCAUCAACUAAAGAAGCUCUUGAUUGUUAAACAAAUUCUCCUUUUCAGUAUCAUAGAAAAUGUAUAGAGAACAGUAUGGAGAAAUUGUAUAUUGAUGUAAGGGUGUAAAGGGUUAAAUAACUGUGGAGAUUUUGCUGCUUUUGCUUUGUCAUCUGCAAAUGGUUAGACCUUCUAAUCUUCUCAGAUAAUAAUGAUAAAUCCUAGUCCUCUUUGCUGCAUCUUCUCUGUACUGGUUAACAGGGGAGACAAAGAGUAGGGUAAAAAGCUCUUUGUAUCGUGUAUAAAGGGGGUUAGUUUCUAAAGAAACUGUGGUGCUGCAUUGGUAGGAGAGUAUAACAAGGUAGUUUACAUAGUUUUAUCAACUCCUUGUGUUGUGGUGUGACCUUAUUUCCAAAAAUUCUAAAAUUUGGGGUUAUUGCAUAAUUUCCUUUCAAAAGUUGUAAACCCCUCAAUGCAGUCUGGUCAAAAUCCCCAACAAAGUUUUUUUUCAAGUGCACUAGUGCAUAUUUAUAUGGAAUAAAUAAAUGCAUCUUCAUAAUCAACAUUUUUAAAAUUCCCUUCAUCCAGGACUGAACCAAACAUAAGCAAUGUGAAGGAGACUCGCAAAGCUGAGUAAGUACAAAAGCUUCUCUAUUACUCUUUUGUAUCUUUGCAUCUUUGCCUCUUUGCCUCUUUGCCUCUUGUGUUCCAACUGAUUUUUAAAUUGACCAAUUCUUUGUCAUUUUAAAGUAAAACAGAUCAUAUGAAAAGAAGGAGAAUCCACAAAUGCGAUUAUGAAGGUUGCUCCAAAGUUUACACUAAAAGCUCACAUCUCAAGGCUCACAGGCGAACCCACACUGGAGAGAAACCCUACAAAUGUUCCUGGGAAGGCUGCGCAUGGCGCUUUGCUCGCUCAGAUGAACUUACAAGACACUACAGAAAACAUACUGGUGCAAAGCCAUUCAAAUGUUCACACUGUGACAGGUGCUUUUCAAGAUCAGAUCACUUGUCACUUCACAUGAAGCGCCACUAAAUUAGUGUGCAAAAAGAGUCUGUGGGGUAUGACAUUAAGGAGCAAACACUAUUGGGAAAGCCAGCCUAUUUUGUAGAAGAUAGCUUGUUCUUCUUGGAGUCAUUUGGAAGAAGGAUGCAGUUGAUACCUCCAAUAUUUAGUUGAACUUUUGUCAUUGUGUACAGCUGGCAACUCAUGUCAAAUUUGUAAAUAGAGAAUUGUUUCCUCGGUGAUACAAAGUGCUUCCUCCAGAUAUGGAACCCUGUCACACUAAUAGGAUGGUGACAAAGCUCAAGCAAUGAUGGAUUUCUGCUUUUAGUUGUGUAAACCUGCAAGUCAUCCUUUUAUGGCUGUGUUAUUCUCACCAUAAAUUGGCAAUAAUGCUGGCAAAUUCAGGGUCAUCCUACAACAAACUUAUUUGGUGGCAUAUUGUGUGACUUUGGUCUGCUUUGUCAAACCAUUGAAGAAUUUGGUCAGUUCCCUACACCCAUCAAGAAAGCAAGCUGAAUGUCAUCUUUAGCUAGAUGGAUUGAUGGAGAGCUCAUUGUUACUUCACUUCAAUAUGCUUUCACAAAGAUCUUCAUAACUCCUUUGCAUUUCUCCACUGUUUGUCUCAGAGCUAAAAGGGGCAUUCUUUCCUGCAAAGAAAUCUUUGGAAUCUAUGUUGUUUACAUAGGUAAUUACAAUCAAUUUGUUUUUUUUAUGAUCAAUCCUAGAUACUAAAAUAACCUUAAGUAUUACUACCAAUUAAUUCUAUUUAGUGGAAGCAAUACCACCAUGGAAAAAUUAUGUAGAAAACAUCUUGUCACAAUGAAAACUUGAAGAUAACAUAGUCCACAUGAAGUUAGCAAAAUGUACAUAGUAAUUAUUAUGAAAUCUUAAAUUAUAAGUUUAGUUAUCUCUGUAACUAUUUUUUGUGUUAGGUUUAAGUCCACGUUGAAUUGAUAUUUUUCAACCAAUUUUAGAUUUAAACUUUUCUUUACAAAAAGUUUUUUCUUCAAGAUUUUUUCGAGGUACUCUCACAAAGAUCAGUGGACAGUGCUGUCUCAGUUAUAGAAUAAUUUAAAGAAUGUGUGUUUUUAUAUUACUCAUUCAUACACCGUCCGGUUAGAUGUAGUACUGUGUGGCAUGAAAAUUUUGAGGGUUUUAAUUUCAAUGAUUUUGCAAAUAGUCUUCUCUUUUCAAAAGAAAAAUUUCUCCAAAAGAAAAUCUUGUAGAAUAGAACCACACAAACCUUUUCAGCAUUCAGUCAAUUUAAGACUCUUUAAAAAAAAACUCCACACAAAUCAAUCAUCAUCAAUAUCCAUUCAUAGUAUGUGGCCAGGUCCAAUCACAAUACCCAUCUUAAAAACCAUUUGAAGCAAUUUCUUUUUGGCAAAUAUUACAUUCCUUCCUUGCUAUUCUAUUGGAGUUUGAGGUUAAAAUCACAAAGUUAGUUUCCUGCAGAAAUGAUAGUCAUUUCAAAUAAAAGGGAUGUAAUUUUGUUCCUUUGGUAGUUAAUAUUUUCCCACUUUCUCCUAUAUACAAAAUACAUUCCAGCAAAGUUGACUGGAAAGGUUCGCAUGUUUCUUUUGAGGGAGGUGAUGAACAGGAAUAAUCAUACAUACAUGUACACAAUUUAGCAGUGAUCUGUAAAGAAGGUCGAAACCUGGAAAAACUUCUGGACUUAUCAUCUUUCAUCAGUUGUUAGUUUGAGAAGUAACUUUGCAUUAGUUUGCUUAAGGUAAAGACAGGAGAGGUUACUGUUACUGUUAACUUCUUCCUUUCUGUGUGUGGCUGGCAAUGGUAGCUUAGAGUGUACUAAUGAUUCAGUGGUUAAGUAAUUUAGUCAGUGCUGGUUAAGGAAGAAGUUCUGCUCUUAAAGAAAUGAGAUUUCCUUCAUUCCUUGCAUUUUGAGGUGGAAGCACAUUUUUAUCUAAACUGCAAUAACUUCACUGUGGAUGGAUUAUUAUGUGCAAACAGGCUGAAGGGCUUCCACAAGAACAGGUGUAAACCCUUCAUUUAUCAAUGUGAUUGUACUUCAAAAGUACUUGAAAAUAGGAAAGUAAAUGCAACAAUGUCAAGUCAUUCUGAGCUCAAAUGGAAUGCAUAACUUUCAAUAUGGCUAUAUGAUUAACAAAGAAUUCUUGGUGGUGUGUUUAUUGCUCUUGUAGUGUGUAGUUUUGGAAGAUGGACAAUCUUAAUUUACUUACUUUUUUUAGGCAAUUCUCUUUUGACCUUCCCAGGGCAAUUUUCAAUUUGAUGUUAACAUUGACUGAAUUACUCUCGUUUCACAAUCCUUUGGUAGGGGACUGGUCUAGAAAACUCAUGCCACCUUCUCAACCAAUCAGGUUGAAUGCUAGAGCCUCCUAGAAAUUGGUCACUCGUGUUUUUGCGCAAUGAGGACUCUUUUGUUCUUUUUCCUUUGCAUUCUCACUGGCUGGUUGUCUUGUCAUAUUUCGAUUGCUCUGAUUGGCUGUUUUGAUUUGGUUUGGGUACUUUGGUUUUUUGUUUAUUACAUUCCAUCAAAAUGUUAACUUUGGUGAAAUCUAUUUUUAAGAGCAGUAAAUAACAUCGAAUUUUUAUUUUCAAGACGUUGAGAAAUAUCACUGCUUCAAGCAUUUCCUCAAAUUUUAUCAUUCCUUUAGCAUUCCUGUUUUAUCUUUGAUUAAACUUAUUAUGUAGGCCUUAUAAUUGAAACAAAAAAAUUAUCCCUGCUUUACCAUAUUAACCCUGGCACUCUGAAGAUUUAAUCAUCAGCUAUCCAUCUUGUCUGCCAUGCAUUUCUUAUAUUUGAGCUUUGAGAUUUUGCUCUUAAUUCGUACAAGAUCUCUUAGAAGGUGAUUUUGUACUUUUUUCUCAAUGUCUUUCUGCUUGAGAAUGUAUUGAUAUUGUGAGGAGAAAUUCAUUAUUGAGCUUUAGUGAGAGUGAAAAGGGUUAGGAAACGUUUUUAUAGGGGUUUCCUGUACAGGUGCAGUUUACAUAAGUAAGUUAUUUUGUAGUGAUUUUGAGCCAUCUAUAUAAUUGAUGCUGGUCUUGUGAGCUAUGACAGGAAUCUUGGUUUACUCUUCGUGAUUAUGGCUUCAGAUCUUACAACUUUGUGAAUUAUGGACCCAUGCCAUAGCAAUUUCUUUUUGUUCAUUUACCAAACUGUUUAUAGAGUACCACAUAUUGUACAAUUAGAACUGAAAUGUGUAGAAGUCAAGAAAUAAUGAUUGAUGUUUUGUUAAACAAUCUUGGCACCAUGCAGUC